AGGGUAUUGAGAAUGACAGAGCAAAGAAUCCUUCCAUUUUUUGAAGCUGCAUAUCGAGCAAGAUGGCACGUAAAAAAUUUAGUGGCUUAGAAAUCACUCUGAUUGUCCUCUUUAUUAUAGUUACCAUAAUAGCUAUUGCCCUAAUUGCUGUUUUAGCAACCAGGACACCUGCUGUUGAAGGAAGUACUGGUUCUACUGCAACUCCAGCAACUACUCGUUCAACCACUGUGCAUCCGGGGUCAGGAAAAUGUCCAAGUGAGCAGUAUGAUCCUAUCAAUGAGAGAAUAAACUGCAUUCCAGAUCAAUUUCCAACAAAGGCUACUUGUGAAUUGCGAGGUUGCUGCUGGAGACCCUGGAAUAAUUCUGUUAUACCUUGGUGUUUCUUUGCAAAUAACCAUGGCUAUACUGUUGCGGGAAUGAAAAAAAGAAAUACUGGACUUGAAGCCCAAUUAAACAGGAUUCCUUCACCCACAAUAUUUGGAAAUGACAUUAACACUCUUGUCCUCACAACUCAAAGUCAGACAUCCAAUCGUUUCCGGUUUAAGAUCACUGAUCCAAAUAAUAGAAGAUAUGAAGUUCCUCAUCAGUUUGUAAAAGAAUUUAGUGGAACUGCAGCUUCUGAUACAUUGUAUGAUGUGAGCGUUAGAGUAAAUCCAUUCAGCAUCAAAGUUUUUAGAAAAAGCAACAAUAAAAUUUUGUUUGACACCAGCAUUGGUCCCUUGGUAUAUUCUGACCAGUAUCUACAGAUCUCAACCAGGGUUCCCAGUGAAUAUAUUUAUGGUUUUGGGGAACAUAUUCAUAAGAGAUUUCGUCAUGAUUUGAAUUGGAAAACAUGGCCAAUUUUUACCCGGGAUCAACUUCCUGGUGAUAAUAAUAAUAAUUUAUAUGGCCAUCAAACAUUCUUCAUGUGCAUUGAAGGUACUUCUGGAAAGUCAUUUGGUGUUUUCUUGAUGAACAGCAAUGCGAUGGAGAUUUUCAUCCAGCCUGCUCGUAUCAUAACUUACAGAAUCAUUGGUGGCAUUCUGGACUUUUACAUCUUUCUAGGUGAUACACCGGAACAAGUAGUGCAACAGUAUCAAGAGCUCAUUGGGCGACCGGCAAUGCCAGCAUAUUGGAGCCUUGGAUUCCAGCUGAGUAAAUGGAAUUAUAAAUCACUUGAUGUAGUGAAAGAAGUGGUAAAAAGAAAUCGGGAAGCUGGCAUACCAUUUGAUACACAGGUCACUGAUAUUGACUAUAUGGAAGACAAGAAAGACUUUACUUAUGAUAAAGUUGCAUAUAAAGGGCUCCCUGAAUUUGUUCAAGAUUUGCAUGAUCAUGGACAGAAAUAUGUCAUCAUUUUGGACCCCGGAAUCGCCAUCAGUAAGCGUGCGGAUGGAUCAAAGUACGCCACCUAUGAGAGGGGAAAUGAACAAAAAGUUUGGGUGAAUGACUCAGAUGGGACUACAACUAUUAUCGGAGAGGUAUGGCCAGGAUUAUCCGUAUACCCUGAUUUCACUAAUCCAAGCUGCAUAGAGUGGUGGGCAAAUGAAUGCAGCAUUUUCCAUCAAGAAGUGAAAUAUGAUGGACUUUGGAUUGACAUGAAUGAAGUUUCCAGCUUUGUUCAAGGUUCAACAAAAGGAUGCAAUGACAACAAAUGGAAUUAUCCACCUUUUACUCCUGAUAUUCUUGACAAACUCAUGUAUUCCAAAACAAUUUGCAUGGAUGCUGUGCAGACCUGGGGAAAACAGUAUGAUGUUCACAACCUCUAUGGAUACAGCAUGGCUAUAGCUACAGAGAAAGCUGUGCAAAAAGUUUUUCCUAACAAGAGAAGCUUUAUUCUGACGCGGUCCACUUUUGCUGGAACUGGAGUCCACGCUGCACAUUGGUUAGGAGACAACACCGCUUCAUGGGAGCAAAUGGAAUGGUCCAUCACAGGCAUGCUGGAGUUCGGUUUGUUUGGAAUGCCAAUGGUCGGAGCAGAUAUCUGUGGAUUUGUGGUGGAUACCACAGAAGAGCUCUGCAGAAGAUGGAUGCAACUUGGGGCAUUCUAUCCAUUUUCCAGAAACCAUAAUGCUGAUGGAUAUGAGCAUCAAGACCCAGCAUUUUUUGGACAAAAUUCUCUUUUGGUUAAUUCAUCAAGGCACUAUUUGAAUAUUCGUUACACUUUAUUACCUUUUCUUUAUACUCUUUUUUAUAAAGCCCAUACGUUUGGAGAAACAGUAGCAAGGCCAUUUCUUCAUGAGUUUUAUCAGGAUACAAAUAGCUGGAUUGAGGACACUCAGUUCCUAUGGGGCCCCUCAUUACUUAUUACCCCAGUCUUGAAACAGGGAGCAGAGACAGUGAGUGCAUACAUCCCUGAUGCUACUUGGUAUGAUUAUGAAACUGGUGUAAAAAGACCAUGGAGGAAACAGCGUAUUAAUAUGUAUCUUCCAGGAGACAAAAUAGGAUUACAUAUUAGAGGAGGUUAUAUUAUCCCCAUUCAGCAACCUGCUGUGACUACAACUGCAAGCCGAAAGAACCCUCUAGGACUUAUAGUUGCAUUAGAUGAAGAUAACACAGCAAAAGGAGACUUUUUCUGGGAUGAUGGAGAAACUAAAGAUACCAUAGAAAAUGGCAUCUACAUUUUUUACAAAUUUUCUGUUUCCAAUAAUAUUAGAUAUCUCAGCUGCACACACUCAUCAUACCAAGAAGGAACUGCUUUAGCAUUUGAGACUAUUAAAAUCCUGGGGCUCACAGACAAUGUUAUAGGAGUUACAUUGUCUCCAAAGAGUCUCCUAAUUUACAAUCUCAAGUUUAACCUUGGAAAAAACUUUACCGUUCAGUGGAAUCAAAAUUUCUCAGAAAAUGAAAGAUUUAAUUGUUAUCCAGAUGCAGAAGCUGCAACCAAGAAAAGCUGUGAAGAACGUGGCUGUGUAUGGCAACAGACUCAGUCCAGAGCACCUGACUGUUACUUUCCUAGAAAUGACAACCCUUAUUUAGUCACUUCAACUGCGUAUUCACCAAUGGGUAUAACCGCUGACCUCCAGCUGAACACUGCAAAUGCUCGAAUAAAGCGACCUUCAGAACCCAUCUCAACUCUUCGUGUGGAGGUGAAAUAUCACAAAAAUGACAUGCUGCAGUUCAAGAUUUAUGACCCGAAAAAUAAGAGAUAUGAAGUUCCAGUACCAUUAAACAUUCCAACCACGCCAACAAGUACUUAUGAAAAUAGACUUUAUGAUGUUGAAAUCCAGGAAAAUCCUUUUGGCAUCUGGAUUCGACGAAGAAGCACAGGAAGAGUUAUCUGGGAUUCUCGCCUACCUGGAUUUACUUUUAAUGACCAGUUCAUUCAAAUAUCUACUCGCCUGCCAUCAGAAUAUAUAUAUGGUUUUGGGGAAGUGGAACACACAGCAUUUAAGCGAGAUCUAAACUGGAACACUUGGGGAAUGUUCACAAGAGACCAACCCCCUGGUUAUAAACUAAAUUCCUAUGGAUUUCAUCCCUAUCACAUGGCUCUGGAAGAUGAGGACAAUGCUCAUGGAGUUUUCUUUCUUAACAGCAAUGCAAUGGAUGUGACAUUUCAGCCAACUCCUGCUCUAACUUACCGCACAAUUGGAGGAAUCUUGGACUUUUACAUGUUUUUGGGCCCAACUCCAGAAGUUGCAACAAAGCAAUUCCAUGAAGUAAUUGGCCGACCAGUCAUGCCACCUUAUUGGGCUUUGGGAUUCCAAUUAUGUCGUUAUGGCUACAAAAAUACUUCAGAGGUUCAGGAAGUAUAUGAAAACAUGACAGCUGCUCAGAUCCCCUAUGAUGUACAAUACACAGACAUUGAUUACAUGGAAAGGCAACUAGACUUCACAAUCGGUGAAGACUUCCGUGACCUUCCUCAGUUUGUUGACAAAAUAAGAAGUGAAGGAAUGAGAUACAUCAUUAUCCUGGAUCCAGCAAUUUCAGGAAAUGAAACGAAGCCUUACCCUGCAUUUACAAGAGGACAGGAAAAAGAUGUCUUUAUCAAAUGGCCUAAUACCAAUGAUAUCUGUUGGGCAAAGGUUUGGCCAGAUUUGCCUAAUAUAACGAUAAAUGAAAGUCUGACUGAAGAUGAAGCUGUUAAUGCUUCCAGAGCUCAUGUCGCUUUUCCAGAUUUCUUCAGGCGCUCCACAGCAGAGUGGUGGGAAAGGGAAAUCAUAGAUUUCUACAAUGACCAGAUGAAGUUUGAUGGCUUGUGGAUUGAUAUGAAUGAACCAUCAAGUUUUAUACAUGGGUCAACUACUUCAUGCAGAAAUAAAGAGCUAAAUUAUCCACCUUAUAUGCCAGAACUCACAAAAAGACAUGAGGGAUUACAUUUCAGAACCAUGUGUAUGGAAACCGAGCAGAUCCUUAGUGAUGAAUCAUCAGUUUUGCAUUACAAUGUUCACAAUCUAUAUGGAUGGUCACAAAUGAAACCUACUUACGAUGCAUUGCAGAAGGCAACUGGCAAGAGAGGAAUGGUUAUAUCUCGUUCCACAUAUCCUACUGCUGGACGAUGGGGGGGGCACUGGCUUGGAGACAACUAUGCACAAUGGGACAAUAUGGACAAAUCGAUCAUCGGUAUGAUGGAAUUUAGUCUCUUUGGAAUUUCAUAUACUGGAGCAGAUAUCUGUGGUUUCUUCAAUAAUUCAGAAUAUCACCUCUGCACCCGCUGGAUGCAACUUGGAGCAUUUUAUCCAUACUCAAGAAAUCACAACAUUGCAGGCACGAGGAGACAAGAUCCUGCUUCCUGGAAUAAAACUUUUUCAGAAAUGUCAAAGAAUGUUCUAAAUAUAAGAUACACUUUAUUGCCAUACUUCUAUACACAGAUGCAUGAAAUUCAUGCUCAUGGUGGCACUGUUAUCCGACCGCUUUUGCAUGAGUUCUAUAAGGAGAAGACUACCUGGGACAUAUUCAAGCAGUUCCUGUGGGGCCCAGCAUUUAUGGUUACCCCUGUAUUGGAACCUUAUCAGACCGUUGUAAGAGGCUAUGUCCCUAAUGCUCGGUGGUUUGAUUACCAUACGGGCCAAGAUAUUGGUGUCAGAGGAACGUUUAAGGAUUUUGAUGCUCCCUUUGAUAAAAUAAACCUUCAUGUUCGUGGUGGUUACAUCCUACCCUGUCAAGAGCCUGAUCAAAACACAUUUCACAGUCGACAAAACUACAUGAGGCUCAUUGUUGCUGCAGAUGAUAAUCAUAUGGCACAAGGAUCUCUGUUUUGGGAUGAUGGAGAGUCUAAAAGCACCUACGAAAAUAACCUAUAUUUCUUGGCACAAUUUAAUUUGAACAAGACCACCUUUACAAGCACUAUAUUAAAAAAUGGUUACGAAAACCCAAAUGAAAUGAGGCUUGGAUUCAUCAAUAUAUGGGGAAUAGGAAAGACUCUUGUUAAUAAGGUUAAUCUCAUAUAUAACGGAAAUAAUGAGUCACUUAGAUUUACUCAAGAAGCAGAUAAGCAGAUAUUAAAUAUCAAUAUGACAAUGAAUAAUGUUAUUCUCAAUAAACCAAUAGUAAUCAACUGGUCCUGA